ACCCCGCCGUGACAUCAGUGUGUGCUCAGUCCUGCUGUGAAUAUGGUAUCGAACACACCACGUUGAUGUUCAUCUCAGUUAACCUUAAAGAACAAAAAAAAAAAAAUUAAAUUAAAUAAUUAUACUGUUUAAUGAUUAAAAUAAUUUAAAUAUUUAAUUCAUUUUUUAUAUACUUGAUUAUUUUUUUUUAACGUGAAUUUAUAUGAAAUAAUUUUUCAACGACAAAAGAAAAACGAAAAAAAAAAAAAACUUGAAACGUUUUAUAUUGGAAAAUUUGAAAAGUGUAAAACAUUGAAUUAAAGUGUAAAGUGUAAAUUGUGCAUUGUUAUUAAUUAUUUGGAUAAUUUAAAAAAUAUAAUUAAAACGUGAAAAUGAUGAAUUCAUUUGUGGACAGCAUGGUACCACCACAUGGUCAUCAUAUAACAAAUUUGGGCAUAAAAUUAUCACCAGGACAUCAAAGUGAUAAUAUAAGUGAUAAUGGACAAUCUGGUGAAUUAACAUCACAACAUCAUCAUUAUCAUCCACAAGUAUAUGCACAACAUCCACAUGCAGGUAGUCACAUGUCACCACAUAUGGGACAUCAUCCAAUUGGACAUCAUUCACCAUAUGCAGCAAGGGAUUAUUUAAUGAGACAUGAUCGUGAUUAUACAACAACAGCAAAUGCAACAACACCUGAAAGUGGUGGUUUAAGUUUAUUUGGUUCAUUACAUCAUGAUGGUACAACUAUGCAACAAUUUUCACAUCAUCCAAGUCAACAUUCAUUGGCAGCAAGUGGACAUUACAGUGCUCAUUAUCCACAAGAUACUAGAUUACCACCACCACCACCACAUUCACAAUAUAUUAAUCCACCAACACAUUUAACACCAUCAUCAAUACAUCAUCAAUCACAUCAUCGUGUUAGUCAUCCAUCUCAUCAUCAUCAUCAUCAUCAUGCACACAGUCCAUAUCUAACUUAUGUUAGAGGUGCUGCUACACAUAGACAUGAAAUAACAUGUUUAUGGAUUGAUAAAGAUUUAUCUUCAAAUAAAAUAUGUGGAAAAAUGUUUUAUUCAAUACCAGAAAUUGUUAAUCAUUUGGGUGUUGAUCAUGUGGGUGGACCAGAAUGUACAAUGCAUGCGUGCCAUUGGUCUGGUUGUUCAAGAAAUGGAAAAGAAUUUAAAGCUAAAUAUAAACUUGUCAAUCAUAUUAGGGUACAUACUGGUGAAAAACCAUUUGCUUGUGAAUUUCCAGCUUGCAAUAAGGUCUUUGCUAGAUCGGAAAAUCUUAAAAUUCAUAAACGUGUACAUACUGGAGAAAGGCCAUUUGCAUGUGAUUUUCCUGGCUGUGAUAGACGAUUUGCAAACAGCAGUGAUCGUAAGAAGCAUAGUCAUGUUCACACGUCAGACAAGCCAUACAACUGUCGUGUUUCUGGAUGUGACAAAUCAUACACACAUCCAAGUUCAUUGCGCAAACACAUGAAGAUUCAUGGUCCAUUGGGAGAAGGAAAACAGGGAUAUGAAAGUGAGGGUGAAGAAAGCACAAGUAGUCGUGAUAGUAGUGGUGGUAGUUUAUCUGUGACAGGACAUACAGAAUCACCACAACCAGCAUCAGUUGUAACUACGUCAACGACAACACCCUCAACAAAUGCAAGCCAUCCAUCGUCAAGGGUAGAUUCACAUGAAUGGUAUGUUUGCCAACCACCGAUAGUUGGACCUCAGCACAGCCCACUGCCCGGCCCACCACCUCCUCAUCAACUUGGUUCACACUUUCAUUCAGUCAUGCAUCAUCAAGCAACAGCAUACUAAAUAAUUACUUUUAAUAUUUAUAUUAUUCAUUCAACAAUGUUAAAUUAAAAAAAAAAAUAAUCAAAAAUCAACAUCAAUAAUUAAACAAAAUUGAAUUUUAAAAAUAAUAAAAUAAUAUUAAAAUUAUGAAAAAAAAUAAAAGACUUAAGUAUGCAUCUGAUUCUUUCAAAAAAAAAAUUACGUUAAUUAAAAGUAAUUAAUAAAAAAAAAUAUUUUAAGUGCAUAAAUAAUUUUUUUUUUUUUGCACAUGAAAGAGGAUGUACAAGCUUAGUCACGUGUGUGCCUCAUUUGCUUACCAAAAAAAAAAAAAUUAAUAAUAGUUAAAAUUGAUUAAAAAAAGCUAUAAAUAAUUUGAUAAAAAAAAAAAGAAUGAAUAAUUGGUUUGUAUAGAUGAAUUUAUUGUGACGCUUGUAGUAUAGUGGAAAAAAAAAAAAAAAUAAAAAAUUUUGGUGUUGAUCAUGAAUUUAAUCUUCCAUACCUGAAAAUAUAUAAAAAAUUAAUUAUUCAUAGUAAAUGUAAAGCUUCUUGUAUAGAUAUUUUCAAAUAUACAAAUUGUAAAUAAUUAUUAUUAGCUGAAAAUUGAGUAAAAAAAAA